CUCUGGGAUAGGCUGCCUGAGGGCGACUGAGCUACGCUGUCAUUCAACGGGGUUUCGAGACGAUUACCUACGUAUUUUCUUGGACUGGAUCCCCCCCUCCCUAAGAAGGAGAAAGUAGCCUUGCCUGUCGCGGCUUUAGGCUCUGGGAUUACAGCGAUCGCCAGUCCCAACAGCCUUCGUCGAAACUGCCAGCGGGGAUUCAUGCUGUGUGCGUUAGCUAAAUGCGGUACGAAGCUAAAAUGAUGCCGAUGUUCCUGACUGUAUACCUCAGUAACAAUGACCAGCAUUUUACUGAGGUUCCUGUUACUCCGGAGACGCUGUGCCGGGAUGUGGUGGACUUGUGCAAAGAGCCGGGGGAAACGGACUGCCACCUAUCUGAGAUGUGGCGUGGAUCUGAGAGACCUGUAGGUGAUGGGGAGAGGAUGCUGGAUGUGCUCCAACGAUGGGGACAGCACAGAUCAGAAGUGCGCUUCUUUCUGCGUCACAACAGAGCUCCUAGCAGGGAAUCAGGAGGAUCAAGAGGCUCAGAUUCAAAGAGAAAUGGAGUGAAGGGUCCCCCAGAGAGAAGGAUGGAGAAUGGGCGGCUGCGCUACUUGAAGCAGCAAGAGCAGCGUCAGCAGCAACAGGCAUCUGAGCAGGAGAAGCUCCAGCGCCUCAGAGAGAACAUUGAGAAUCAGGAAGCUCGGCUCAAGAAGGUCCGGGCCCUCAAGGGUCAGGUGGAGCAGAAACGUCUCAGCAAUGGCAAACUGGUGGAGGAGAUAGAGCAAAUGAAUAACCUGUUCCAGCAGAAGCAGAGAGAACUAGUGAUGGCUGCGUCCAAGGUGGAGGAGCUCAGCCGGCAGCUGGAGUUGCUCAAAAAUGGCAAAAUGGAUAACUUCCAUGACAACCAGAGCUCGGUUGCAGAGCUGGACCGCCUCUACAAAGAGCUACAGCUGAGGAACAAGCUCAACCAGGAUCAAAACUCAAAGCUCCAGCACCAGAGAGAAAGUCUGAACAAGCGCAACCUGGAAGUAGCUGCUAUGGACAAACGGAUCAGUGAGCUCCGAGACCGGCUGUGGAAAAAGAAGGCAGCCCUGCAGCAGAAAGAGAACUUGCCUGUAAGUAUUAUUGCACCAAAACUACAUAAAAAAAACAACAACAAACAAACAAAAAAAACAAACAAACAUCGCUUUAAUUGUUAUAUGGCACCUAUGCCGAGGGGCCCAGCGAGACACGAUUUGCUUGUAAAACCUGCCUACCCAGACGGCACUGCCACCCUCCCAGCCCACGAGCCACAGAGCAAAGCGGGGACAGGCCUUCAGCCAGGGAAACUGCCAGAGUGGAGUUCUUCAGGUCCAGAGCCCAACAUCAAUGGUCAUGGUUCUGCUUCAACACUGCCACGAAUGAACUCUCACUCCAGUUAUAACACAGACCAAGAUGAUUCAGAAUUGAAGAGGGACAGGAAAGUGCGUCCAUAUUCCAUGUUUGAGCCAACAGAGGUUCCGGCUACCUCCCUCCGCAAAAACCAGAGCAGUGAUGACCUUGUCAGGGAUGCUCAGUCGGCUCCCAAAGCUCCAGUCAAGGUACCUCCCCCUGUCCCCAGCAAACCGAAAGGCCCCGUUAUUGUUCCCUAUGGCAAACCAGGCCUCAACACAGGCACCUUCCCUAAAGCCAAGCCCCACAGCCAGCAGCCCCACACCGCCCAGAGCCGCAGCCCUCACCCACCGUCACAGAGCCAGACACUCCCUCUACCCUCCAAGCAGGACACUCCACCUGCAGCCACGGUACGGCCCUUCACGUCAGACCUCCCCUCCUCCAAAGAAGCCAACCUGAGUAAACCGCAAAUCGUAGCUGCCAGCUCCAUUUACUCCAUGUACACACAGCAGUCGGGUUCAAGAAAGCCUUUCCUGCCUGUUGUGCAGGGUUCUCUCAACAGGGCUCAAAACCGCACCAACGGAUUUGUCAGUGUGUAUGGUAAACCACUGAUCUCCAGUGGAGGCUCCCCGCAUCCAGAGAAUCCAUACUUAGAGCGUCGCUCCCCAGAAACUGAAGUUGACAACAAUGGAACCAACAACGCAGGCUCCAGCUCAUCUGAGGGGCAGCAGCCAGAGACAGAGCGCAUCCCCCGGCCGCUCAGCCCUACCAAGCUGCUUCCCUUCAUUUCCAACCCCUACAGGCAGAGCGAUGGUGACCUGGAAGCCCUGAGAAAGAAACUCUACAAUGCCCCUCGGCCUUUGAAGAAACGCAGCUCCAUCACUGAACCAGAGGGUCCGGCAGGGCCCAACAUUCAGAAACUCCUUUAUCAGAAAACUACCCUGGCAGCUAUGGAGACCACUGUGAACACACCAGCCACUACCACAUUUACUGGAGAAGCAGCGAAAGCGGUGGAAGGAUCAGCCGGACCACAUGGUUCAAGCCUUCCGACUGGCACUGAAAACUACCCAUCAGAGAGAGGACAAACUCAGGAACCCUCACAGACCACAGGUAUCAACACUCCACUUCCAGCCUUUACUGAACAGCCCUACACACCACCGGCCAUCCCGGAGACUGAGGAAAUUAUUCCCCCUCCUCCACCAUCCCACCCAGCCCCAAGGCCAGAUGAUGCUCUUUUCCCACCGCCACCACCUCCUGGUCUGGAGGACACAGAACCUAGUUUGCCCCCUCCACCUCCAGAAGGCUUCCUGGAAGAAUUCCCCCCAUACCCACCACCUCCAUACCCCAGCGGAGCAGAGCAGGACAGCUUUGGAGAGGACACCUUCAACAUGAAAGCACCUGAGGUCACUGGACAGGUCACUCUGCCACCGGGAAAGAGGACCAAUCUGCGCAAGCCUGGUUCUGAACGUAUCGAGCACAACAUGAGAGUCAAGUUCAACCCACUGGCUCUGCUGCUGGACUCUUCUCUGGAGGGAGAGUUUGAUCUGGUUCAGAGAAUCAUCUACGAAGUGGAAGAUCCAAGUCAGCCCAAUGAUGAAGGCAUCACUGCUCUACACAACGCUGUCUGUGCCGGCCAUACGGAGAUCGUAAAGUUCCUGGUUCAGUUUGGUGUCAAUGUUAAUGCCGCUGAUAGUGACGGCUGGACACCUCUUCACUGUGCUGCAUCCUGCAACAAUGUGCAAGUGUGCAAGUUCUUGGUGGAGUCUGGAGCAGCAGUGUUUGCUAUGACUUACAGCGACAUGCAAACGGCAGCUGAUAAAUGUGAAGAGAUGGAAGAAGGCUACACCCAGUGCUCUCAGUUCCUCUAUGGCGUGCAAGAAAAAAUGGGUAUCAUGAACAGGGGUGUGGUCUACGCCCUUUGGGACUACUCUGCUGAAAACCCUGAUGAGCUCUCGUUCCACGAGGGAGACUGCAUGACCAUCGUCCGCAGGGAGGACGAAGAUGAGAUCGAGUGGUGGUGGGCGCGCAUGGGCGACACUGAGGCUUACAUUCCCCGCAACCUCUUAGGGCUCUACCCCAGAAUAAAACCAAGACAGAGGACGCUGGCUUAAAAUACAGGAAUCCCUGCACAUUUCCACUCUGGCAGAACUUGGAACACACACAUAUACACAGGCUUUAAUAGACUGGUGAAGAAAAGGACACCUUGUGAGACGAUAAGAUGAGGACAGACCAAACAAUAUGAAGGAUCAAAUGUUUCCGGCACUUUUCUGUAUUGACAAAAGAGAGGGAGUCACCCUUUCUUAUUAUUUUUUUUCUUUUCCUUUCUUCUUUUUAAUUACAGGUCACACUGUGUACUGUGUGCUUAUGGCACUAAAGGCUUUCUUUUCAUUUAUUUCCACUGCUUUUGUAUUUAGUGUCUGGAAUGUUGUCUGACGUCACAGUGGGAUGUAAAAGGAACAAACAGUAUUUUUUAUUCACAUUGAAAGUGAUUUUUACACAUUGGAGUAGUCUUUUAAAUCUUAUGUCUGGAAUACUGGUUAUUUUCUAACACACUUGGGACUCUGUGUUGCAUAAGGUUAAUGAGUGGAGGGUGAUGAUGAUGCUUUUGAAACACUCUGUUACCGUGACAAUCUUUCAGGGCGUAUUUGUCAUCGCCUGUGUUAAGUCACUGUGCCUCUGUACAACUGCCCUGGAGCUGUAAAGUUUCGGCCGUGACCACUGCUGUUCUGGCUAAACAAUUAGAAGAAGAAAUAACAGCUGGGGGGGGGGAUACAGCGCCGAAGCUGUUUGCUUUAUCUCUUGCUGUACGUUCUGUGGUCAAUGACACCUCAAAAGCUGGCCUGCUUUCCUGCAGUUGCACAUGGUUGAGAUGCCACAGAUGAUGUGUAUACAUGUGUUUCUGUCAUAAAAGUUAGCUAAAUGUCACUGUAGGAGUUAUUUUAUUACAGAACUUCAUAAGAGGCUGUCUGAGGACACAGGAGAAUAACAUGCAGUAUGAGUUUGAUACAGCCAUUCUGUGAAGACAAAGCUGUCACAAACCUUUUCCAAGUAAAAUCGAUUCCUAAAAGCAAAAAUAAUUAAAAUAAGAUGUAGCUUGAAAUAUCUCUAGACUCAGCUCACCACAUAUCAAUCAGUGCUGAUGUAUUUAUUUUUUUUGUUACGUUUUUUUUCCCUUAGCCAUUUUGUCAGAAUUGUAACCAUAUAUGUAUUGUAGUAUUUCAAACAUUUACAAUAAAAACUUUGUACUAA